AUGGAUUGCAACAUAGAUUUGAACUUUUUUUGGAUCACCUUAGAGGAGGCGUAUGGGGCCAUUAAUAGCCAUAAUAAGAAUAUCCUGCGCAUCCAAAAUCUAUGCAGUCAGUCGCUUGGAAGACUGACCAGAGAAAAUAUUUGGAUCAUCGAGGAGGAUAUGCGCGGUAUGGCCGAACAUUCAGGCGACAAAAUCCAGGCUUAUGUAACGUGUUCUCUUUGUGAUGAGAGCAAGAGUAGGCAAUCAAAAAUAUCACUUAGCAUGGAUGCAACAGGAAGCUGGCAUAUAUUUGCAUUCAAGCGACACUGUGAAACAUUUCACAUCCAUCUGCCGCGUGCAUCGAAAGGGAAACGUCAUGCAACAACAGCUAAUGUUACUGAUAAAGACAGUCCAGUGAAACGAUUUGUCCCGGAAUCAUCGGCUAGUGCCACAACUGCUAUAUUAGAUGCUGCCAGAUGUUGA